AAAUACGCAAUGCUGUCUGGCCAAACAGAUCAUAUGGUUCAAGGAAAGUCAAGAGAACUGUGCGGAAGAGAAUUUUGCUUGCAAUAAAUUCAAUAAUUAAUCGUUAUCUUUAUUCUCAUACGAUCUAUGGUUAUUCUGCAUUGAAGAUGAAUAGUGUUGGAGAGGGCUGCACUGACCUAAAACGGGAAUAUGACCAGUGCUUUAACCGUUGGUUUGCUGAGAAAUUCUUGAAGGGAGAUCGAAGCGGUGAUCCCUGUACCGAAAUGUUCAAGAAAUAUCAGCAUUGUGUCCAGAAGGCCAUAAAAGAAAAGGACAUUCCCAUUGAUGGCGUAGAAUUCAUGGGCCCAAAUAAAGAGAAAGGUGACAGAUGAGAUGGAUCUCCCCAACAACAUUGCCUUGUGACUCACUGGGCAUGCAAUUGAAAUGGGUUUUGUUUGAGGUUGCUGUCCUUCUAGUGUGGAGACUAAAGAGCAUUCAUAUGAAGGAUCCAAAGUGCUGAAUGACAAUUGGGAUUGGACUUUGUAUGUUGGGCAUUUAUUACUAAAGGAACCUAUGAAUCCAAACAUUUGGGUCAGUCCAAUAAACAUCCAUGGUCACAAGAUGGAUGUAAUGUGGUGGUCACAUCAGAUUAUCAUUGUAAAGGACUAUGAUGCUUUGCAAAGGGAGUUUCAUUGAACUUUUUAAAUUCUGGAAUUGUCAAUGUCUAUUAGUGUCCUGGCAUAAUGUCCCUCAAGACAACAGAGGAGGGCAUCAAUGUGGAUGCAUUGGACUUUGGACUUGGUUUACACUGUGCAAGAUUAGAAGUUUUGUGGGUCUCUUUGCUCCAAGCUAAUUUUUUUACUGGAAUGUGUUUAGUUCAGUGAUGCAAUGUAAUGUGAUUAACAUAUACAUUGACAAAGCAUUAAAUAGAGUAACCAUG